GAAUAAAAGGAGAGCCAAGAAGUUGAAUUUUGAAAAAGGGACAAUUUUCAUGAACUUUGGGUCAUUCUCAUGCGUUUGAUUAAUCUUGUGUAUCGAAUCUUGCCACGUGUCCUCCUCUGAACACAAAAUCAGCACACAAAAUCAGCUACCUCCAACACAACAGCGCCGUCGCCGAUACCCGCCCCACCGGAGUUGAAGAACCACUGACACCGCAACUCCGACCAAAAAAAAUGGUGACUUGUAUCCAAACACAACUUCUCCACACAAGAACCUUUCAGUUAUGCUCUUCCUCGUCGAAAAAACCAACUUCCUUAAGAUGUUCCGCCGCCACCCCUUCCACCAAAAAAUCCUACAAAAUCACUCUUCUUCCCGGCGACGGCAUAGGUCCCGAAGUUGUUUCCGUCGCUAAAGACGUUCUUCUCCUUACUGGAUCCAUUCAUGGGAUUAAAUUAGAGUUCCAAGAGAAGCUUUUGGGUGGUGCUGCUCUUGAUGCUACUGGAGUUCCUUUACCUGAUGAUACUCUUUCUGUUGCUAAGCAAUCUGAUGCUGUUCUUCUUGGUGCUAUUGGAGGGUAUAAAUGGGAUAAAAAUGAGAAACAUUUGAAGCCCGAGACUGGAUUGCUUCAGCUACGAGAAGGGCUUCGAGUUUUUGCUAAUCUCAGACCGGCAACUGUGUUUCCGCAGUUAGUGGAUGCUUCAACUUUGAAGAGAGAGAUUGCUGAGGGGGUUGAUCUCAUGGUUGUAAGGGAACUAACUGGAGGUAUCUAUUUUGGAAAACCAAGGGGUUUUGGUACCAAUGAAAAUGGUGAAGAGACUGGUUUUAAUACUGAGAUUUAUGCUGCACAUGAGAUUGAUCGCAUUGCUCGUGUUGCAUUUAACAUUGCUCGAAAGCGUGGUGGGAAACUUUGCUCUGUUGACAAAGCCAAUGUACUAGAGGCAUCCAUGUUUUGGAGGAAAAGAGUUAUGGCGUUAGCACAAGAGUAUCCUGAUGUUGAGCUCUCACACAUGUAUGUUGAUAAUGCAGCAAUGCAACUAGUUCGCUAUCCAAAACAGUUUGACACUAUUGUAACAAACAACAUUUUUGGCGAUAUAUUAUCUGACGAGGCUUCAAUGAUCACUGGAAGUAUUGGGAUGCUUCCUUCUGCCAGCCUUGGGGAUUCGGGACCUGGACUUUUUGAACCUAUACAUGGUUCUGCACCUGAUAUUGCCGGACAGGACAAGGCAAACCCAUUUGCUACUGUUCUUAGUGCUGCUAUGCUUUUGAAAUAUGGCCUUGGAGAAGUAGAGGCUGCUGAAAGAAUAGAGAGUGCAGUUCUCGAGACAUUGAACAGGGGAUUUCGAACUGCUGACAUAUAUUCUGCUGGAACAAAGCUGGUAGGAUGCAAACAAUUAGGCGAAGAGAUACUGAAGUCGGUUGAAUCUCAUGCUUCCGCUGCUGCAGCAGUGUGAUUUUAAGACCAACUCAGCAUAGAGUUUUGGGCCCUUGUUUGUAAUGGAGAUCGAUAUGAGUAUCAAAGCAGAAAAGAUAUCCCUAGUCUUUGAGAGCUUUCGGCUUUCAUCUGCGGUUUUGUAUGUUGUUUCAACACCAACCUAUGUACUUUCCAAUCUGGCAUUGAAUUCGGGAUUAGUAGUUACUUAGUUCACUGCAUAACGCAUGUUAUAAUAGUGUAACAAUGAAAUAUAGAGGUUAGAAUUUUUAAUGCCAUUCUGAAAAACUGAGCAACUACAAAUCCAUGGGCCAUGCACACAACACCCAGACAAGGAUAUUCCAAGCUUUAAAAUGUGUAUGAUUUGUAUUUGUAUUGGUGCAUUUUGUCUUGCACAAGUAUCUAGUCUAGUAGAAUAGACUGCAUAUGAAAUAAUUGCAUCACAAUUUAUGAUAUCAAGCUUUAAAUUUGAUUUUUU